GAUCCAUCAUCAACAUCAUAAAAAUAUGAAUUCCAACUUCUUCGCAAUUGAGCCCAAUUCGAUUUUCCUCUGAAAUUUCCCAUCUGCUCAGACAGUUCAGCAUCCACACAGGUAAAAAGUAGGUAUCUUGAAGCGAACCAUUCAGAGGUAGCAGAAAGUGCUUCAGAACACUUUGAUUUUGGGUUGUCAGAGAAGGCAGCCCUCAGAUUGCAGAUUGGACUUGUAGCUUCGGGAGAUGGCAAUAGAUGAAGAAUAUGUGCAAGAUUACCAAUCCAAAAAGAAGAAACCUCCUUCUGAGGAUGAGAAAAGAAGAAAAAAGAUUGUGCCAGGAAGUUUGAUGAAAGCUGUGGUUAGGCCCGGUGGCGGCGAAUCAGGACCUACUGAGGGUGAUCAGGUAAUAUAUCAUUGCACAAUUCGAACAGUGGAUGGAGUUACAGUCGAGUCGACACGAUCAGAGCUUGGAGGCAAGGGUAUCCCAACAAGACAUGUUUUGGGGAAGAGUAAGAUUAUUCUCGGGUUGCUCGAAGGAAUUCCCACAAUGUUGAAGGGUGAAGUUGCAGUGUUCAAAAUGAAACCAGAAAUGCACUACAGUGAGGAAGAUUGUCCAGUUUCAGUUUCUGACAGCUUUCCAAAGGAUGUUGAACUUCAUUUUGAGAUUGAACUGAUAGAAUUCUCUAAAGUCAAGGAAAGAUCAUUUUUUUUAUGUAAUUAUUCUUUUCCUGCUCUUUUAUGUUUGAUUUUCUGCACUGGUUAACAGUUAUGAAGUGUUUUUUAUUAUUAUUGUAAACCAUGUUUCGUGGAACUACAAAUUGGCCAUUAAAUGCUUUUUAGGCUA